AUGUUGCAGGAUCCAGUGGCAGACUGGCUUGGUUUGGGCGAGGGCUCCACGGACACCAGUCGAUUGCUCCAGUUGCAGGUGAACACCAAUCAGUAUGGGCGUACCUUCGAGGAUCGAACGCACACCUUCCUGGUCAUGGAACGGCCCGCAGAUGUUCCGGCCGAUCGACGCAUUGUGAACUACAACGUCCGUGGCCGACGCGGCAACAUUGUUCAAGUGUACCCAUCAGUGGAAUACGACUUCGUGCCGCAGGACCUGGUGGUGGAACAGGGUACCUUAUUGCACUUCCAAUGGACCGGUUCGGACGCCAACAACAAUGGUAAUGCUGGCAAUGGCCGGGCGGGGACAGAUCGCUCCAACUUGGUCCAGGUGAAGUCCCGGUCGGAGACCGUCCCGUUGCCCAUUGACCAGCACACGCUGCUGUUCGACGCCAGCUCCAACCCCAAUGACCCGGAAGGGCGCAGACUUGUUGACAAGUUUGCCUUCUUGGACCAGGACUCCAUCGUGACCUGCGACCCGGAGACGAACGAUCAGAAUUCGGAGACGAACUGCAAACAGCUCAACGGAGCUUCUGCCUACUUCGAUGGAGGUUUGGUGGAGAUGAA